GAGAGAAAAAGAGAAAAAAAAUGCAUACAAAAUGUCCAUAUAGGCUAUGUUGAACAUAACGCAGUGAGCAUGUAUUCUAUACAACUGUGUUCCGUGGAACUCUAGUGUUCCGUGAGGCUUGAAUGGGUGUUCCACGAACUACUGGAAAUAUUAACUAGUAUCGUGUGAAAUGACGUGUCUAAAAAAAAGAGCAAAAUGUCCGGUUAAAUUCUUGGAAUUUGCGAAGUGUUCCGUUAAGGAAAACAUUUGGGAAACAUUUUUAUAGAAACAUUAUUCAAUCAUACGAAACACUGGUUUUUGUAAUAGCUGUGUAAAGUCGUUUGAAUUCUAAUUUAUAUAAAAAUUAAAUUAAAAUUAAAUUGUAAUUUGUUUAUUCCUACAUUACGAUUUAUUCUUGUAACCAUGGCAAUGUGUAAAAUUCUUUUCUGUUUUAAGUUUAGUUAGUUUCAUUAUGAAUUAGCGCACACUAGUAAUAGGAAAAACUAAUAGCGUAAAUUCAAUUAAAACUUCAGGUCAAAUAAUAAAUGAUAUAUUUCAACACUUCAAGAAGAUUCAAACUAGUAUCACUGACAAGUCUGUAAUUCUAUCGUUAAAAGCUAAAAACAUUUUCAGAUCAAAACAAAUCUGGAAAACACGAUUCUGUAGAUACCUGAAUAGAUUGAUGGAGUGGUAAUGGAUGCCUAUUACACUAAACAAGGCACAGUCAAUUACACAACCAAGUCAACUGUAUCCAUUGUCAAGCCUGAUGGACUGGUCAGCUAUGAAGUCCGUGAAAUCGUCGUGACGGCAAAUAUCUUGUUUGGGGAAAUUGUCGGCUUGCUGGGGAUAGUAGCCAACGUGAUCAAUGUUGUCGUCUUCAGCAAAAUUGGAUUUAGCGAUACCGUCAACAUCAGCCUAGCAGCCCUGGCUGUAAGUGACAUCGGGGCCCUGGUCACGCUUCAGUGGUUCAACGUGAUUGUUAAUCCUUGGUUCCUCCAGUUGGACCUCCCGUUUCUGCCACUGGAGAUUCAAAGUUUGACCGCAGGCUACCCCCACAACUAUUUCGUCAAAGUGACCGGUUUUAUUACUGCAUUCGUAGCCUUUGAGAGAUGCCUUUGUGUGACCUUGCCCUUCAAGGUUAAAACACUGAUAACCAAGAGAAUUGCGCUCGCUUUCAACGUGGCAGUUUUCUUUGCGAUCGCGCUGACCAUGUUCCCAGUCUACUACACUGCCUACUACGACUGGAAAUUCGACGCCAAGAAAAAUAAGACAGUUCUGGGAAUCUUCUACACCAAGAACAUCAACGACGUCCUUGGCCCGUCCCUCUUUCUCACCAACUCCGUGGUUCCUUUGGUAUCCUUCGCCGUUAUCAUCCUCUGUAACAUCGUCAUUGCCUUCUGGCUGAAGAGAGCUUUGGUGUGGCGCCAGAUGUCAUCAGGAGCCGCCAUCACCACCCCGGGCGCUGCUGUGUCAGUGAAAGAAAAGAAGAUGGUCAAAAUGAUAGUGACUGUCUCAGUAAUUUUUAUAAUCUGUUUCAUCCCGUCGUCCGCCCUGCUAACUGCCCGAGCCAUCAUACCGGAGCUUAGCAUCAGUGGUAUAUACUCUAACAUUAACUGGAUCGUGGCCACCUACGCUCUAGAGAUGGAGACAGUUAACUCUAGUAUUACUAUUGUUGUCUAUUACCGCAUGAGUUCUAAAUACCGAGAGACUCUUCUUGUAAUGUUUGGAAGACAUGUAAAUACAAAGAAAACAAGCUCGAAAAGUCUAAACGUCUCACAGAUAACUGAAACAAGUGAUUUGAAAUCUUCUUGAUGUACAUUUUUGAUGCAGAUUUUAUUGUCUAGAUAACAAGCAUAUUUUGUCUAUAUUAGGAGGUAUAUAGCAGAAGUUGUCAAGAUACUUAAAAGUUCAUCUCUCUUUGCGAGGAUAAAUAGUCGUAUACGGACUCAAGGAAGGUUACGCUCUAGCUAGAGGUAUAUCAGUGGCGUAGCAAGGGAUUUGAGGACCCGGGGAUCUUGGCCUCUUUAGGGGUCCCUGCAUUUUGACAUUCUACAUCAUGACAUCAGAAAAUGGCGUGCUAUUUAAUGUUUAAUGUAAAAAUUCGAGCACUCAUUUCGGGUCCUCCUCAAAUGGGGGCCCGGCGGGAUUUUCAAACUCUUCCCCUAUCCCCACAUCAUAGUUACGCCACUAGUUUUAGGAUUGUCGCAAUGACCUGAGUGGAAGGACAUGCAGAUAUUGUAUUGUAUACUUAGUAUCUGUGAUGCUUGAAAAUAUAUUUUUCUUUUUUUUAAUUCAGUCUAAUUUGGAAAACUAUAUAGUCUCAUGUAAUAGUUAGCUGAACGUCACUGUUCUGUUAACAGGGCCGGCCUUAGGCAAACUAGGCUGCCACCUAGGGGGCCUUGCACAGGACUCUUUGUCAUUUAUCUUACUUAUUGUUGGUGUACACGGGAUUGUUCAUUAAUUGCAUAACUUUAUUUCUCUCGCUGUAUAUAUUUUAAUUGGGUCCAGCUGAUUCACUUCACCUAGGGCCUCUAAUUGCUGUUGAUACCAUACAGUCUUUGGCU